AUCUCCGUUCACUUUUCCACAUCCCAAUACCUAUAUGCUUUUGUCUUAAUAACUUAGGUUAUAUUCUUCUUCUCCCUCAAGUUUCUGAGUAACAAAAACUGUGUGAGGAAGAAAAUGGAGACCGAAAUAGAGUGGCCAACAUACGUGCGCGAUUUCUUCAAGGUGCUAACAUGUGAUGAUUGUUCUUCAAACGAAUUGCCUCUUCCACACAAAUUCUGUGACAUGCAGCAAGAUAAUCUUAGUGGAAGUUGGAUACUUUCCAUCAGGAAUGGGUAUCAGAUUCAUGUGGUUUAUGAUCGGCAAAGUAUGAAGUUGUUGGGUGUGAGUGAUUUAUUUUCUGAUUUUGGGCUUAUCGGUGGUGAAAUCUUGCUGUUUGAAUCGGUGGAUUUGCGAGUGUUCAAUGUCUAUAUAAUGGGUGAAGACGGCUGCGAGAUCCAGUACCCUGAAGUUGUUCAUAGGUCCCAAAUUUGCUGUCCGGUGCCAGUUUCGAUAAGUGAUGGAGGCUGGAAGUUUGUUAAUUUCAUCAGUCUUGCUUUUCCAACAGAGGACAAAGUUGCCCCCCCUAGAUCAUUUAUGCGGAUGUUCGGUUCCGUAAUCCCUGAGUGGUUCAUUUACAAAACGAAGGAUAAUGGUAUUUUCGGUGGUCAUUACGAAUUUCUCGAGCGCAAGCUAUCUGGAAUGAGGCGUGUAUGUGAAGUGUUGAGAUUGGUUGAUUUUAGUUUGCUGGAAUUAAUGGUUUUUACUUAUGAUGGUGGGCGUGUUUUCAAACUGAACUUGUUUGAUGGACAUAAUGUGGAGAUAGGGUUAGAUGUAAAUGUGGUUGUCUCGGGUUCUUUAGCUUCGACACUUCGGCAGUGUUUACACUUUAAGAUUGAGGUGAUGCCAUCUCAUAUGUUACGUUAUUGUCAUGGUGUGUGUGUUCCAACCCAGUUCCAACGUCUAACCGCAUCAUGGAAGAAGAAGGACAAAAUACGUGUGUACCGAGGUGGAAUGUCGUGGGAGUUUGAGAUUCGAAAGCGACGUCCGGGGAAUCAAACUGCUAUCCAUGGCGGUUGGAUAGAGUUUCGUCAAGAAAUUGAGCUUAAGGUUGGGGACUGUUGUUUUUUUUGGUGCCUUGAUGAAUCUAAUCAUCAUUUCAGGCUUGAAAUUGUGAAGUCAUCUGGUUGAUAGAUUUGAAUAUGUUGUGAUGGUAACUGUAUGAAUCU